AUGGGCCUUCUCGUGAUUAUUGCACUGUGUAUAAUGGAAAUAGUAAAAAAUUGCAUCUCAAUGUCAACAAUCAAUUUUGGGGACUUAGAAGCAGUUGCACACAGCAGUUCAGAGGAGCAAAUGAUUUUGGAAGAGUUACUUAAAGAUUAUGAUCAACGAGUUCGUCCUCCACCAACAAACACUUCAGAAACGACAGGUCCUGUUAUUGUCAAAGUGAACAUUAUGCUUCGCAUGCUCAGCAAAAUUGAUGUUGUAAAUAUGGAAUAUAGCAUGCAGAUAACGUUCAGGGAAAGAUGGCUGGAUCGCAGAUUAGCAUAUGAAAAAAUGCAACUUAUCAACAUGCCUAAUUACCUUACAGUUCCAUAUGUAAAAAACAGCAUUUGGAUACCGGAUUCAUUCUUUCCGACUGAAAAAGCAGCACAUCGCCAUCUUAUUGAUACAGAAAAUAUGCUUGUAAGGAUAUAUCCAGAUGGACAAAUACUGUACAGCGUUCGGUUAUCACUAACUCUAUCAUGUCCAAUGCAUCUACAACUUUAUCCUCUCGACGUACAAUACUGCGAUUUUGAUUUAAUCAGCUAUGCUCACACUGUUACCGAUAUCGUAUAUGAGUGGGAACGAGAUGGUGGACCACCAGUACAAAAGAAGUCAGGUGUUGGUAGUGACCUCCCCAACUUUUUGCUCACAUCAAUAGAAACAAAUCAUGAAUGCACCAGCCAUACUAAUACAGGAACAUACGCUUGCCUUAGAAUGCGUCUCGAACUUUCACGUCAGUUUAGUUAUUAUUUAAUUCAACUUUAUGGUCCAACAACAAUGGUUGUCAUUGUAAGUUGGGUCAGUUUCUGGAUUGAUAUCCAUUCUACAGCAGGCCGAAUUGCUCUAGGAGUUACAACAUUACUCACUAUGACCACUCUGACAUCAUCUAUUAAUGCCAAGUUGCCUCCAGUGAGUUAUAUCAAAGUUGUGGACGAAAAUGAAAACGCUCGCUCUAUUCAAAUUUUAGCUUGCCAAGCAUUCGUAUUUGGAGCACUUCUGGAAUAUGCCUUUGUUUCUUAUCAAGAUAAUUGCCUCCAAGAAAAAAAGAAUAAUGCAAUGAAAAAAGUGCGCCGACGAAAUGAAAAACGGAGCAUCGAAAACCAACAAAUAUACCAACCGCAAUGUACUUGUUACCUGCUUUUAAUGCACCCACGAGAAAAAAUAUCUGAUCGUAUGAAGAGACUUUUCGUCAGACCAACUUAUUUUCCGGCUAGAAUUGAUUUUUAUGCUCGAUUCUGUGUACCGAUAGCAUUUAUAGCAUUUAAUAUCAUUUACUGGACAACAUGUUUUGUGAUGACAUCUGAAUAUGCACCCAAAACUUGA